CUACCCAAAUAAGCGUGUUGUUUCGGUCGUUUGAUAGUGAUCAUAUAUCGAAGUAUAUCAGACGAUUACAUACGAUUACAAAAUGAAUCUAACAAUUUUAAGAUCAAGCCAUCAUCUAUUUCGGCGAUUAAUUCAUCAAAAUCAUGGAUUAUCGAUGAAAAUUUUUACAUCUACUAGAAAUUUUACCGCUCUCUCAUCAAACAAUCGAUCGAUGAUUGUUCGAAUUAAAUUCAAUCAUCAUCAUUCGAAUCAUUCUUCCGGAACAAUACUAUGGUUAUCAACGGGAAAAAGUGAUGAAAGUAAACGUGCAUUUUUCACUUGGAAAGCAUUCAUCAUAUCUGGUGUAUUAGUUUCAUUAUUUGCCGGUUUCAUGAUACAUUUGAAAAAUGAAAAAUUGAAACAAAUGGAAAGACAACGUAAAAAAGCGUUAGGUGAAACAGCUGUUGGUGGCCGAUUUGAUCUAAUCGAUCAUAAUGGAAAACCAUAUUCAUCAACCAAUCUGGAAGGCCGUUGGGCAAUGAUUUAUUUUGGUUUCACACAUUGUCCAGAUGUAUGUCCAGAUGAAUUGGAAAAAAUUGUUAAAGCCGUUGAGUUGAUUGAACAGGAUAAACAUUCGGAUCCAAUACUACCGGUAUUUAUUACAGUGGAUCCAGAACGUGAUAAUGUUCAAGCUGUACGUGAAUAUAUCCACGAAUUUUCACCAAAAUUUAUCGGUCUUACCGGUAAUAAAGAACAGAUUAAUCAAGCAACACGUGCAUAUCGUGUAUAUUAUUCAGCUGGACCACGUGAUCAUGAAAAUGAUUAUAUUGUUGAUCAUACAAUUAUUACCUAUUUGAUUAAUCCGGAAGGUCAACUAGUCGAUUAUUAUGGCCAAACAAAAACGGCUGAAGAUGUAGCACAAGGUGUUAUGAAAGCAAUGAAAAAUUAUCGUAAUUUGAAUCGAAAAUUAGGAUUUUUGUAAGGCAAGAAAAAUUUCAACAAAAA